AGAAAAAGUAAGUUGAGUAUUUAGAUGGCAAAACAACAACUUUUACUUCUUUUUUUCUUCUUAAUGUACUCUUUGAGCGUUUUCGGCUUGAACUUCGUGAAGAUUGGUGGAAUAUUCUGCAACGAAGACAACUCGAAAGAACUCUUAGCUUUUAAUCUUGGAGUGGAGUACGUCAACAACGAUACAACAUUGCUUCCGAACACUGAUCUCGUUCCUUUGAUCAAUGAAACUGAUUGGAGUAACAGUUUUUCCAAUGUGGAUGCAACCUACUGGCAGAUUCAGAGUGGCGCUGUUGCAAUUGUCGGACCAAUUACUUCGUCUACAGUUAAAGUCACCCAGCCACUAUGCGCCGGUUUUCACAUUCCGCAAUUAGCUCCCUAUGCAACGGAUCCUACUUUCGACUUCUCUCCCAACUCAUAUGGAUAUCUGUUACGCAUGAGCAGUAGUGAUGCAAUUGAAAAUCGUGCUAUGGUCGAUUUUGUGUCGCAUUUCAAGUGGACAAACUUAGCAUUGUUAACAUCCCGCAAUGAUUUUGGACUUAACGGUUUAGUCGUAUUCAAGGAUAUUGCUUCCCACAAGGGAUGGACGUUUCUAGCCGUGGAAAGUUUCCAAGAGUUUAGAAACGCGUCGAAGGUAAACGCCACAAAACAACUUUUACACAUUAGAAGCCGAGGUGCUCGGAUCGUUGUAGUAAACUGCAUGGCCAGCAAUCUUCGUGCAAUCCUGCUGCAAGCCAGUGAUCUUGGAAUGAUUGAUGGUUGGGUAUGGCUUGUCACAAAUGGAGCAUUUGCCUUUGAUGGACUUUAUGACAAUGAGCGACCCAUACCGAGGUAUCUUCAAGGUAUUGUGGGCAUCAGAAAUUCGUUCGGUGCAAGUGCAGAAUACGAAAAGUUUAAACGUAUGUGGGAAGGAAAAGGAUACGAUAAAGCACCUCUUGAAAGAGAUUCUACUGUGGGACACGUCUUUGACUCAGUUAUGGUUCUGGCUAAAGCAAUCCACAACAUGUUAGAAGAUGGUCGGAAUGUAACAAGCUCAAAGGGCUUAAAGUUUGGUGCAGACAAAGGCGAGGAACCCUCAUUCAGCGAAAUUGGAGCCACUCUUUUAGAUUACAUCACAAAGGUCAACACUUCUGGUGUCAUCGAUCGCAAGGUGUUUGGCACUAACCGCUCUCCCUUCGAAGCGAAAUUUGACAUCGUCAAUUUGCGCUCGUAUGGUUUCGAGACAGUUGGUCGAUGGGACUCAAUUAACGGGCUGGCCAUGGACAAGAAAAAGGAGAUAAUAUGGUCGUCUGGCAAAACGACUGCUCCUUUGGACACCCCUGUAUCUUUGGAAAAUCGAACCAUAACAGUUGUCACCAUUGUGGAAAAACCUUUUAUCGAGCGAACUUCGUCAACAGGAAAACCCUCAUUCCAAGGCUAUUGCAUUGACUUACUGGAAGAACUUAAAAAAGUUUUAAAAUUCUCCUACGAAAUAAACUUGGUGCCAGACAAUAACUACGGCUCGCAGGACGCCAUUUCUAAAGAAUGGAAUGGAAUGGUUAAGGAACUCAUCGAAGGAAGAGCUGACAUAGCUGUGGCUCCGUUUACAGUUAGCUCAGAGAGACAAAAAGUCAUCGAUUUUACCCAGCCUUACAUGGAUCUAGGACUGACAGCUCUCGUUAAAUCUGUCAAUGACGAGGUGAAGUAUUAUACGUUUUUCAAACCUUUUCACCUCCAUUUGUGGUUGGUGAUACUCGCUGCCACAUGUGCGAUUGGCGUUCUAAUUUGGCUCUUUAGUACUUUUAGUCCCUAUGGAUUUUAUGGCAGAUGCCUCAGCAUAGCCCAUCGUAAAAUACCAAAGGAAUACGAGAAGCGAAAACACACUCUUCGCCUAACCAACGCAAUAUGGUCAUCUGUGAUGUACUAUGUUGGCAAAAGCUCAGACAGUUUGCAUCCAGUUUCGGCUUCUGGAAGGAUUACUGUCACAGUUUGGUGGUUUGCAAUUGGGAUCCUUCUCUCAGCGUAUACAGCUAAUCUAGCCGCGUUUCUCACAAUAAAAAGGUUUAGUUCCCCAUUAAGCAGCAUGGAAGACCUUGCUGGCCAGGAAAUAAUUUUUUAUGGUACCGUUAAGAACAGCCAGCCACAGGCGUUCUUUGAGGCAUCUCCCAUUCCCACAUUUGUGACUAUGUGGCAGUUUAUGAAGUACCACCAUACCCUCGUCGCCGACAGUGAUAAAGGAAUCAGUAGGGUAAAAGGAAGUAACUUCGCCUUCAUCUGGGACUCUAUCAUCUUGGAGCAUGUAGUGCAUUCUACUGAGCCUUGUGGGUCUCUAACAACCAUCGGUAAGCUGUUUGGCAAGAUAGGUUACGGCAUUGGUUUGCCAAAGGGCUCUCAAUACACAAAGCAGUUAAGUCAAGUAAUCUUACGACUGCGCCAGGAAGGCUUCAUGGACAGGCUAGAACAAAAGUGGCUGCAUACUCACGAGGACUGCAUCAUGGCUCAAAAACACAUCGACAUUGAUAGCGGCACACAAUUGGGAUUGAAUGACAUGGCGGGAGUCUUCAUAAUUCUUGGAGUUGGUGUUGUAGUAAGUCUUGUUGUCCUUGCCCUUGAAUGGGUCUUGGCAUCGCAUUUUACAAAAGACAAAAAUGACCCACACGCACCUAACACGCUGUGGGAAGCACUAAAGACACGAAGGCGUAGUACACUAGAGGACUUGAAGCAUCGAGAUGAUGUUCCUAGAAUUCCAUGGUCUACUGGCGGCCAAAUGAGCAUCAGAAUGAGGCAGAUCGGAUCAUUUAUGGCGGGAUUUUCCCUUGGGCGCAAGAGAGGUGAAGUGAUUCCAGAGAUAUUGGAGGUCAGAUCGGUAGAGGACAAAUCUGAAAGUGAAGAAAGCUGUAAUGAAGGUUCUAUAAUUCAAGAAGUGUAAGAAAUAGUUGACUUCCAACCAUUACGACUUGCUGUGAGAAGAUCGGGAAAUAUAUAAUAUAUAUUUUUCAUUAAAAUUCAAUAUCGCAUAUUCGCAUUUUGGACAUUUCUCGUAUUUGAAGGUCGGUGACAGGAUCCGUAAGGUUAGGUUUGUCCUUUUCUUUAUAAAUGUGAUUUUCUAUUAAUUUUUUCUCACGGAGGAUUUGAACUAUUGUGGUUCCCUUUACACCUUGUGCUUUCACUGUCAAAUAUAUGUUUUUUUACUGAUUCAAGAGGACCAGAGAUUCGCCAGACAAUUGGAAGAGAUAAGCGACAAACGC